AUGAAUGCUAUCAAUCUGCCAUACAUUGGAAAAAGAAGAGUUCUGAGGUCUCAUUUCAAUCCAGAGGUCACCUACUCCCAAGUGGAAUGGGACCAGCGAAGAGGACAGCAGAGAAGUCAACAGGAAGGUCCAGCACUGACAGAUCAUCAGAACAACAAGGGUUCUGGACAUAAAAACUUUAUAUUACGCUGUAGAUUCGUUGCACUCCUCACUCUCAUAAUGCUUGGCCUUGCAAUUGCGGUGGUCUAUCUGUUUGUAAUAAGAAACAAAAGUGAUGCAGAAACACAAGAUGAAGUCACUUCUAAGACAUCAGAUCCUGAAGGUUCACAUAUCACUUUCAUGACUUUGGGAGGACACUCUUACUAUUUUUCUAAUGAGAAGAAUGCCUGGAGGAGCAGCAUGGAGCUCUGUGCACGACAUCAGUCGAUCCUCGCUGUAUUUAAGGAUAAAGCCGAGAUGGUAAAGAGCAGCCAUGACGUGUCAUUAAUGAGUUGGUGAAUGGGAAUGGGGCUAAUAGAUCUUUGAUAUAACAAGACACAAAAGUGAAGAGUAAGAAAUGUGAACUCUUUGUGACCUCCAUGAGACUUCUUUUGUCUUCCAUCCCCGUGUUGCCCAGUGCAGUGUAUUCUGUUCUGUGUAUUAAUGUAAAAAUAAAUUAAAUAUAAAAGAGAUCGACAUUGAAAACAUCAAACUUGUCCAGCUGUGUGUAGUUACUGUCAAGCAGGUCAGUAGAAUUCCACUUAGUGAUUAGCAUUUCAUCUUGAGUGGCUGGUUCUGCACGCACCACUUCAUUAAGCACAUCUGGGUUUGGGUUUUAUUUUAAUUUGUUUCACACAGACUUCACAGCACACUCUACAGUUGUGGCCAAAAGUUUUGAGAAUGACCCAAGUGUUGGUUUUCACAAAGUUUGCUGCGUCAGUGUUUUAGAUCUUUUUGUCAGGUGUUUCUAUAGUAUACUGAAGUAGAAUUACAAACAUUAUAUCAGUUUCAAAGGCUUUUAUUGACAAUUACAUGAAGUUUAAGAGUUAAACUAUUAAAAUAUUGCACAGAGUUAAUAUUUGCAGUGUUGGCUCUUCUUUCUUUCUCAAGAUCUCUGCAAUUUGCCUUGGCAUGCUGUCAAUCAACUUCUGGGCCAAAUCCUGACUGAUGGCAGCCCAUUCUUGCAUAAUAAAUGCUUGGAGUUUGUCAGAAUUGGUGGGUUUUUUGUUUGUCCACACACCUCUUGAGGAUUGACCAUAAGUUCUCAAUGGGAUUAAAGUCUGAGGAGCUUCCUGGCCAUGAACCCAAAAUUUUGAUGUUUUGUUCCCUGAGCCCCUUAGUUAUCACUUUUGCCUGAUGGCUCAGUGCUCCAUCAUGCUGGAAAAGGCAUUGUUGGUCACCAAACUGUUCAUGGAUGGUUGGGAGUAGUUGCUCUCGGAGGAUAUUUUGGUUCCAUUCUUUAUUCAGGACUGUGUUCUUAGGCCAAAUUGUGAGUGAUCCCACUGCAUUGACUGAGAAGCAACCCCACACAUGAAUGGUCUCAGGAUGCUUUACUGUUGGCAUGACACAGGACUGAAGGUAGUGCUCACCUUUUUUUCUCCAGAUGCCCCAAACAAUCAGAAAGGGGGUUCACCAGAGAAAAGGACUUUCCCCCAGCAGUCAUAAGCAGUCCAAUCCCUGUACCUUUUGUAGAAUAUCAGUCUGUCCCUGAUGUUUUUCUUGGCUUCUUUGCUGCCCUUCUUGACACCCACCACACCAUCCUCCAAAUGUCUUCACCUCCCUCACUGUGCAUGCAGAUGCACUAACACCUGCCUGCUGCCCUGCCAUUCCUGAGCAAGCUCUGCACUGAUGGUGUCCCUGAUCUCGA